GUGUAUUGAAACCUGGGCUCGCCAGCCAGCAGCACACCUUUUUGAAGGUCUAGGUAGCCCACCUAGAGUGACAAAAGCACAAGCCUGACCUCUCCCAUACUGAAUGCUCGGGCUCGUCUAGCUGAAGGCCACUCCUAUUCUUUGGCUGACCCCUAGUGGUCACGUGGAGCUGUUCGCCACGCAAGUCUGGGUCCUUCUGUGAUCAACUGGGGUCCUCGCUGCCUUGGAGUCGCUUCUAAGCUGCCUGUUCGCGCGAGAAUUUGGAGGGGCGGGUUUGGGGUCGAUCUCUGGGGGAGACUCGCACGGUAGCGCACCCGAACCCCGCUUAGGUGCCAGUUAGGGUCCGGGGAGCUAGGUAAGGCAGUCGCCGGGACACUUCGUGUCUGGAAGGCGGCGAAGCGGUCUGGAGAAUCCGGGACAGCCCCACUCCCCCGCAGCCAGGUGUAGGUUCGAGAGCCACUGAGGCCAAAGUGAGAGUCCAGCGGUCUUCCAGCGCCUGGGCCACGGCGGCGGCCCUGGGAGCAGAGGUGGAGCGACCCCAUUACGCUAAAGAUGAAAAGCUGGGGUUGGCUGGCCCUGCUUCUGGGGGCCUUGCUGGGAACUGCCUGGGCUCGGAGAAGCCAGGAUCUACACUGUGGAGCUUGCAGGGCUCUAGUGGAUGAACUGGAGUGGGAAAUUGCCCAGGUGGAUCCCAAGAAGACCAUUCAGAUGGGAUCUUUCCGGAUCAAUCCAGAUGGCAGCCAGUCAGUGGUGGAGGUGCCUUAUGCUCGCUCAGAGGCCCACCUCACAGAGCUGCUAGAGGAGGUAUGUGACCGGAUGAAGGAGUACGGGGAGCAAAUUGACCCUUCUACCCACCGCAAGAACUACGUACGUGUAGUGGGCCGGAAUGGAGAAUCCAGUGAACUGGACCUACAGGGAAUCCGAAUUGAUUCAGAUAUCAGCGGCACCCUCAAGUUUGCGUGUGAGAGCAUUGUGGAGGAAUAUGAGGAUGAACUCAUUGAAUUCUUUUCCCGAGAGGCUGACAAUGUUAAAGACAAACUUUGUAGUAAGCGAACAGAUCUAUGUGACCAUGCCCUGCACAUAUCUCACGAUGAGCUAUGAACCACUGGAGCAGCCUAGUCCAGCUUGAUGGAUCACCCCCAGGAGGGGAAAAUGGUGGCAAUGUCUUUUAUAUUAUGUUUUUACUGAAAUGAACUGAAAAAACAUGAAACCAAAAGUA